UUUAUUUAUAAUUCUUCAUUAUGUAAUUUAAAGGUGAAAUAUGGAAGAUCGAAUUUGGAGUUUCUCUAAUCGGUCGACUUGUGGUUGUGUAAACUGUGCUGACAUAGUCGCCGGAAAAUUCCCACAGCUUCAGAAUUUCUCUUCUCCGUUUUGCCCAAACCUCCCCCAGAUCCCUCUGCACUUUGAAGCAGACCUCGUCCCUAAAAUUCUUACCUUUUCCAUACCCUUUCUUUAUGGACUCCACGAAUUCCAAUCCUCCUUCCAUGCGGGUCCUGACCCGUCCACCUCCCCCUGCACCCAUGCCCGCUUCCUCUCCAGAUGCUCAACCAUCUUCCCAAUCUCAACCUCGCUCUCCAGAAGGCGUUGUUGUUGUUGGGUUUGUUUCACGUAGCCCUGACCACUCUUCCCAGCUUAUUAACCGUGUCCUGGACUCCAAUACAUUCGGGUCAGGCAAUCUCGAUAAACUGCUGUUCAAUGACAAAGAGGAAGUGAGGGAUUGGUUUAACGGGCGGAGAAUUAGUUAUUACCAUGAGGAGGAGAAAGGGAUUUUGUUCUUGCAGUUUUGUUCGACCCGGUGCCCCGCUGUUCAUGGGUCUUCAGGUCUGGCUUCUGGGUUAGACUCAUGUUUGGAAGAGCGGGAGUUUGAAGAUCUUCAGGGAUUGCUUUUCAUGUUUUCUGUGUGCCAUGUAAUUAUAUAUAUUCAAGAGGGUUCAUGUUUUGACCCUCGAAUUUUGAAAAAGUUUAGGGUGUUGCAAGCAGCCAAGCAUGCAUUGGCUCCAUAUGUAAGAUCCAGAGCUACCCCGCCAUUGCCGUCUAGGUCUCAUUCUUCAUCAUCUUCCUCUAGGCCAACCCCUUCAACUGGUUCCUCUCCAGGGAGAAGUGGUGUCACAAAUCGCAAUGCUUCAGCUAUUUCUCUCAUGUCAGGUUUAGGUUUCUACACAUCGUUGUUUCCUGGACAUUGUACUCCAGUCAUACUAUUUGUCUUUGUUGAUGAUUUCUUUGAGAUGCCAAAUCCUAAUUCUAACACAGAGGAGUCAAAAGAUUUGUCCUCACUUAAUCAAUCUUCUGGUUUGAGUAGUGUGUCUAGGCCAAACUUACCUACUAAGGGUUCUGGUUCAGUUGUUGUGCUGGCACGCCCUGUUAGUAAAUCUGAAGGUGGUUUCAGGAAGAAACUGCAGUCAUCUCUGGAAGCACAGAUUCGUUUUCUGAUUAAGAAAUGCCGAACACUCUCAGGUGCUGAAAGUGGUCAUUCUGGUUCCAGAAGUGGAAGUGUGACAAGUUCUGCACCUUUGUUUUCUCUUGAUUCUUCACGGGCUGUUGUGCUGCUUGACCGGUUAAUAAAUCAGAGAGGUGAAUCUCUGGAGUUUGUUACUGACCUCGUGGAAGAUGUUUUGAAUGGAAAAGCUACAUCAGAUUCUCUUUUACUUGAAAGCCAUGGUCAGAGUGCAAACAAGGAGGAUAUUUUAUCCAUAAAAGAGUUCAUUUACAGACAAUCUGAUAUUCUGAGAGGUAGAGGGGGAUUGGUCACUAGCACCAGCAGCGGUCCAGCUGCUGGUGUUGGUAUGGUUGCUGUUGCUGCAGCUGCUGCUGCAGCCUCAGCUGCAUCUGGAAAGACACACACUACUCCUGAACUUCCAAGUUUGGAAAUAUGGUUAUCAUCAAGCCAACUCAUUCUACAUGGAAUUCUCUCUGCAAAACGGUGUGUAGAUGAAACAGAAGCUGUUAAAAGAAAAUCUCGCCAGCGAAACUCUGGUUUAACCCAAGUUGAAGGGUUUGCUCCUAAAGGUAUGGAUCCUUUAGAUGUUGCAGUUUCUUUGUUGGAAAGUGGCAGAGGACUGAAUGCAAAAUUUUCAACUUUGUGGUGUGAAAGGACCCUUCCAACUGCCAAAGAUGUUUAUCUGAAGGACUUGCCAGCUUGUUAUCCCACUUCAGAGCAUGAGGCCCAUUUAGGAAAGGCUUUAAGUGCUUUCUACUCGAUGGUCAGGGGACCUGCAGUGCCUCUUUUUGCAAAAAGGCUGGAGGAUGAAUGCACCUCCAUCUGGAAAUCUGGUAGGCAACUAUGUGAUGCUGUUAGUUUGACAGGAAAACCAUGUAUGCACCAGAGACAUGAUAUUGGAAAUGGAGAGCUAGAGUCACCUUUAGGAGCUCCAGUGAAGGCACAUUCAAGUGGAUAUUUUUUCCUUCAUGCUUGUGCCUGUGGCCGUUCACGGCAUCUGCGAUCAGAUCCUUUUGAGUUUGAAUCAGCAAAUGUUACUUCCAAUUGCUUUCAAGACUGUGACAAACUGCUUCCUGCAGUCCAAUUACCCAAGCAGGGCAAUGUGGGACCUGUUCAGUCAUCCUCAUGGAGUUUGAUUCGUGUUGGGGGGGCAAGGUAUUAUGAACCUUAUAGGGGCUUACUUCAGAGUGGGUUCUCUGCCUCACGGAAGUUUCUCUCGAAGUGGACAAUAAUUUUGGAAAAACCAGAGAACCCAAAUGGUUUACCAGCCAAAACUGUGCGACAAGUUUCUAUGACUAGGCAAGGUACAGACCCACAGGUUGAAGUUAAUGCUGAGAUAGACAGACAGAAAACUGGUGCUGCACGGUUGUAUUCAGGCAUACAGGUUGGGGUUGAAAAUCAGCGAAAACUUUCAGAAAACAGCAAGAUUGAUGACAAAAAAAUUAGUUUUGGCAGAGGUUUGCCAAAUGUUAAAAUGAGAAAACCUUUUUCUGAGGUUGUUGCUGGAUCAUCAGCUGCUGAUUCGGGAUUUCCUCCUCUCCAGCAGAGGAAACAACCUUCAUCAGGUUCAGAAAGAAGUUUCAAACAAAACAGGGCAAGAGAUAGGAAUGCAGAACAGGUUCGUACAACUGUUGAUCAAGGAUCUCAGACAUCUGAAGAUGCUAUAUCUGGUCAAGAAGCCUUAAAUGAAAUAUCUAGCAGUGGUGGCAAACAUGGGGACCCUUAUGUACAGAUAGGAAGUAAUGUAGUUCCUGUGAACGUUAAUGGUGGUGAAAUGGUUAAACUGAACCCUACUUUGAAACAUGCAAUUGUUUAUGUUGGUUUUGAGCAUGAGUGCCCCCAUGGCCACCGUUUCUUAUUAAGUUUGGAUCUGCUUGAUGAACUAGGAUCUCCGUAUUCUUUUCCCAAAGAAUCCCAAGUCCCUUCUGUGGGAACUUCUGACCAUAAUCUGGCAAGUCCUUCAAAAUUGGGUGGGAAUGGUGGACAUGGCAGAAUUCAUCGAAGCUCAAAGGGAACAAAUGUCGCUGCUGCAAAUAAGUUCCGGAAUGUGGAUAAGUUAAAUGAAAUUGGGGCAAAUGGUGGUUUGCAUAUUGAUGGGUUGAUUCAUUUAUCCAGGGCAGGGAAGGAACAGAAUCAAACAUCUACCUGUGAAACAACAUAUCAAGAUUUUGUGAAAAAUCUUGAAGUGGACUUUCAUUCUAUUAGCCUUGAUGAUGGCGGAAGUGCUUUCUCCAUGUUGAAUAGAAAUUUGCCUAUAUACAUGAACUGUCCAUACUGCAGGCAUUCCAAGAAGAAGAAGGAUUCACAAAAGAUUAAGUUUGCUGGCGCAAUAUCGCAGUUACAGAGGAUUUUUUUGGUCACACCUCCAUUUCCAGUUGUAUUGGCAACAUGCCCAGUUGUACAAUUUGAGGUGUCAUGUUUGCCACCAUCAGUUGCAAACCGUGAACAGAAGUUGCAGUUCAGCCUUGGAUGUCGAGUGGUCCUACCACCAGAAAGUUUCCUAACACUAAGACUCCCGUUUGUGUAUGGUGUGCAACUAGAGGAUAGAAGUCCACUUCCUAUUAAUGCUUUUGAACAUCAACCUGAAAUGACUGCUUGGAUUUUGAAGGGCACAACAUUGCAGGUGAUUUCCAAGCAAAUCAGUCUCAAUAAGGAAACCCAGACAUAGUAGAAUUUCUGAACCUUGGAAUUUGGCCAUCAUAGUGAUCCAUUCCUUUUUUGAGUUCAUAGAAGCAGAUGUUUGUGACCAGCUUUUCCUUGACUAAGCUCAAGAAUUGAAAUGGCUUAUACUUGUGAUGAAACUGUAGUUGGUGAUCAAUCAGCAGCAACCAGAAGGCUGAGAAGUUGAGAACGUUCUGCUGUUGCAAAAUUUGGACCUAUAGGUGGCUGUUGCUUUCCAGUGGACGUUCCUGUUGCCAUGUUUAUGUCUUUGCAUGUGGCAUACUUGUGAAAUGAAGGAUGCGCAGAUAUAUCCUGGAGUCCUCUUGCAAAAUUAUCUGUUUCUUCAAUAUUUUGACCCUACAUCAAUAUUCUGGUGUGGGCUACAAAGUUGUACUGGAUUAACAUGGGCGGACGGGACGCUCUAGAUUUGAUGAAUAUUAUUGAUACCUUUUCUGUGGUGAUGUAAACUAAAAUAUUAUAUAAUAUUGUCAUCUUUAUUUCCA